AUGCCGAAAAAAGCUAUCGACUCCCGGAUACUGGCGUUGAUCCGUAAUGGCGCCCAAGAAAAGAAACGAAGCUUCUUCGUGGUAGUAGGCGACCGACAGAAGGACGUCAUAGUCAAUCUCUAUCACAUCCUGCUUAAUGUAGAUGUCAAGCUGAAUAAGUCGGUACUAUGGGCGUACAAGAACAAGCUGUUAGGAUUCUCGAGUCACCGACAGAAGCGUGAAAAGAAGAUCAAGAGCGAGAUUAAACGAGGCAUUCGCGACGUCGACACCGAAGACCCAUUCGAACUAUUCGUCUCAACGCAGAACAUCCGAUAUGUGUACUACAAGGAAACAGACAAGAUUCUUGGUAACACAUAUGGCAUGUGUAUAUUGCAAGACUUUGAAGCCCUCACGCCGAACCUCCUCGCGCGCACGAUCGAGACGGUAGAAGGAGGUGGUUUGGUCAUUCUGCUACUGAAGGGCAUGAGCAGCUUAAAGCAGCUAUACACUAUGUCCAUGGACAUUCACUCGAGAUAUCGGACUGAGGCGCACAGCGAUGUUGUACCACGGUUCAACGAGCGCUUCAUUCUGUCUUUGGGCAAAUGCGACAGCUGCUUAGUGGUGGACGACGAGCUGAACGUGCUACCAAUCUCCGGUGGCAAGCACGUAAAACAAUUAGCGCCACCAGACCCAGAAUUGGAGGGCAAGACGCCCAAGGCGAUAGAGCUGGCCGAGAUCAAAGAGUCCCUGGCAGAUUCGCCUCCAGUAGGCGAUUUGAUCAAGCUCGCCAAGACCGUGGACCAGGCGAAAGCGUUGCUGACGUUUGUUGAUGCGAUUGUCGAGAAGACGUUGCGCAGCACUGUCACCCUCACAGCGGCGCGUGGACGAGGAAAGUCUGCAGCUCUUGGAGUAGCUGUAGCAGCGGCAGUUGCGCAUGGAUACAACAACAUCUACAUCACCUCCCCUAGCCCAGAAAACCUGAAGACUCUAUUCGAAUUCAUACUCAAGGGAUUCGAUGCACUCGGCUACGUGGACCACCAGGAUUACAACAUCAUACAAUCCAUGGAGCCGGAUCAGGCCAAGGUUAUUCUACGCAUCAACUUACACCGGAGCCACCGCCAGGUUAUCCAAUACAUCAAACCCGAAGACGCGCAUGUGCUUGGUCAAGCAGAGCUUUUGGUUAUCGAUGAGGCGGCAGCAAUUCCCUUACCACUUGUACGGAAACUCAUGGGCCCAUACCUGGUUUUCAUGGCUUCCACGAUUAACGGGUACGAAGGAACGGGCCGAUCGCUUUCCCUGAAGCUCAUCCAACAGCUUCGUGAUCAAUCAAGAGGCGGCAAAACGAAUGGCUCAGCGAAGGUUGUUGAUCGAUCGACCGGAAAAGAGGCAAGAGAUGGCGCCGAGAAUGCCAUGGCCGCUCGUUCACUGCGCGAGAUCACUUUGUCCGAACCCAUUCGAUACGCACAGGGCGACUCGGUUGAGCGAUGGCUCAAUGAUCUUCUCUGUUUGGAUGCUACCCUGCCGAAGUCGAAGCUGAACACUCAAGGCUGCCCACACCCCAAGGACUGUCAGCUCUUGCACGUAAAUCGUGACACCUUGUUUUCCUUCAACCCCGCUGCCGAGAAGUUCUUGCAAAAGAUGAUGGCGCUAUACGUGGCUAGUCAUUACAAGAACACACCAAACGAUCUCCAGCUCAUGUCUGAUGCGCCCGCCCAUCAGCUUUUCGUCCUAGUGGCCCCUGCUGAGGACAACAAGCUGCCGGAACCUCUUUGCGUGAUUCAAGUUGCACUGGAAGGUCAAAUUAGCAAAGAGAGUGUGCUCAACAGUCUGAGUCGAGGCCAGCGCGCUGGUGGUGAUCUCAUCCCGUGGAUCGUGUCUCAACAGUUCCAGGAUGAGAAUUUCGCAAGCCUUUCUGGAGCGCGUGUUGUCCGGAUAGCAACAAAUCCCGACUACGUCAGCAUGGGUUAUGGGUCUCGUGCGCUUGAGCUCCUCGUGGACUUCUACGAUGGCAAACUCGCAAGUCUGUCGGAGAGCGAGCCUCAAGAAAUAGAAGAGAUGCGAAGAGUGACUGAGAACGAGUUAGAGGACGCCUCGUUGUUGCAGGACAACGUCAAGGUCAGGGAGGCGAACGAUAUGCCUCCGCUUUUCGGCCGCCUACCCGAGCUCAAAGCACCACAACUCGACUAUGUCGGUGUAUCGUAUGGACUUACUCAGCAGCUACACAAAUUCUGGAAGAAGAGAUCGUUUGUUCCAGUCUAUCUCCGCCAAACACCAAAUGAUUUGACUGGCGAGCACACCUGCAUCAUGCUGCGAUCACUAGAAACCACUUCAUCGGACGGUAGCUGGGUCGCUGCGUUCACGAAAGAUUUCCAGAAGCGUUUCCUCUCUCUUCUGUCGUAUCAAUUCCGCACAUUCCCCUCCGUCACAUCCAUGUCAAUAGAAGAGUCUGCAUCAGCUGGCUCGAAAUUGGAUGCCGACCUUUCUGCGAAACCGAUCACGAAGGCAGAACUGGAUGCGCUGUUCACGCCCUUCGACCUCAAGCGUCUCGACUCGUAUGCGAACAACAUGCUCGACUACCACGUUAUCCUCGACAUGCUUCCGUCGAUUGCGCUACUCUAUUUCUCCGGUCGUCUCAAGAGUACAGUCACACUCAGCCCUGUCCAACGAGCACUGCUACUCGCUAUCGGUCUUCAGCGCAAAGAGUUUUCCGACUUAGAGAAGGAGUUGAACCUCAACGCCAGCCAAUUGAUGGCCAUGUUCGUCAAAAUCGUCCGCAAGGCCGCGACAGCUUUCAGGGCCAUAGUUGAAGGAGCAGUCGAAGAGACUAUGCCGGAAGCCAUGGAAAUCGAGGAAAACGGCCCCGACGGCGAUGCCACGGACGGCGCCGACCAACGCUUCAAGCCCCUGACGAAGGAUCUGCAAGAGGAGCUCGAGGAAGGUGGUGAUGAAGUACUUCGCGAAGAAAGGGAACGGGCACGUAACCUUAUCGAUGCUCUACCUCUACACAAGUAUGAAAUCGGCUCCGGCGCAACAGAUUGGCAAGAAGCCGAAAAGUCCAUCAAGAAAGCAGCGAAAGAGGGAAAGACAGGCAACCUCACCGUCGCGGUCAAGACAGGCGAGAAGAAGAGGAAGGUGGGCGAGGCAGUUGAGGAAGCAUUUAAAGAGGCGGAGAAGUUCAAGGAAGGUGCUGGUGGUAAGAAGAAGAAGCAUAAGUCGAGCAAGAGGUAA